AUGGUUUCUACGGUCCGAGAUCUGAUAGACCCGGACUUCGAUCCACUGAUUGCGCUGCUGGAUGAAGAGCCGCGAUUCUUGAAGCCGCUUCCAGCACGCACCCCCCCGGAGGACUUGGAAUUCUUGCGAUUCCGUGGAGCUCUGACAAUUCCCGAGAGUGGUCUGCGAAAUGAGCUCCUGCGCUGCUAUAUCAAAUGGGUGCACAGCUUCAUGCCGGUGCUGAACCUACAGGAGUUCUUGCGGUGUGUGGCCGAGAAUGACCCCAACGGGAAUGUCAGCUUGCUGCUAUUCCAGGCGGUGAUGUUUGUGGCCACUGCGUUCGUGGAUAUCAAACAUCUGCAGGAUGCUGGUUAUGCGACCCGGAAAAGUGCGCGAAGUGUAUUCUUUACACGGCUGAGGCUGCUUUACUCCUUGGACUGCGAAGACGAUCGGAUUGUCAUCUUGCAGACACUUCUUCUCAUGACUUAUUGGUCUGAUCAUCAGAACAACCCUCACAGAGACAUCUGGGAUUGGAUUGGUGUCUGCAAUACACAAGCCCAUUCCAUCGGGUUGAACAGGGAUGCAUCCGCAUCUAAUAUGGACCCGAAGAUGAAGAGGCUGAGGGCUCGGAUAUGGUGGAGUCUAUACUCACGCGAUCGUCUCAUCGCCAUGGGUUUGAGGCGUCCUACUCAGGUCAACGAGGGGACAAGCAAUGUACCCAUGUUGCGACUUGAGGAUUUCGACUUCGAGCCUUUUCAUCCUGCAGUCAUUGAGAUGUUUCGCUGUCGUCAGCUCGAAGACCUAUCCCACCAAAAGCGCCUAGCUACCAUGUUCAUAGAAAAGGCCAAGCUGUGCCAAAGCAUAGGGAGAGUCUUAUUCGCGCAGUAUUCACCAUCUCAGUGCCAAUUCGGGGUGACAAAUCGAACAACGAUCAGUCUGGUCCCCAGACAAGCAUCAGAAUCAGAAUUGGCACGAUGCAGCCAGCGACUCGAAUCAUGGUUGGGUGCCCUCCCAAAGGAUGCACAAUUCAUCCCUACGUCACGAACUAAUAUUCGGGAUGGAGAAGAUGUCUUGCUUCUCCACGGCGCAAUGGUACGAAUGCUAUAUCAUGCGACUACUAGCGCACUGUACCGACCCUGGGCAUUUUUGCCCAAGAAGGAUCAACCCAAGUCGCGUCUUGAUCUAAUCACCACAGCGCAGACGAAGAUGCAGGAGGCUGUCAUUGGUAUUACUCAUAUCAUUCAGGGUCUGAACCAGUUGAACCUCACACGCUUUCUGCCACAGUCCGGGGUAACAGUAAUUAUCCCCGCUGCUGUAGCCCAUCUGACGAACUCGUUGUCCGGCAACCCCUCAACGCGAGAAUCCAGCAUUCACCACUUCCAGCGCUGCAUCCAAGUCUUGCAAGGGCUCAAAGAUAUCUAUCCCGCAGCAGACAUGGAAGUAGCUAACAUCGAAGCUGCGGUCAAGGUCCAAUCUGACUGCAAUAACGCUCUCUUACAAAUCAUGCAACUUGACUCUCCUUCAUCUCCGAACACCAUGCAGCAACCUCAGGCGCGGAAACCAAGUACUGCCUCCACCUCCCGAACUAUGCUUUCAGCGGAUGGGAAAAAUCCCACUCAAUGGACCCCUCCUCGAGACGAUCAGGAACCAACCGACUCCACCACCUUGAACCUGAAACAAUCCGACCUUAGGACCGCCGGCCCCUUCCGAGCCCGCCGCGACAGCAAUCUCACAGCAUCACCUGCCACCGCAGCCUCUCUCAACGCCAACCCUCCAUCCUUACACAAAGCUCAACCCACCCCGCCACACGAUUUCGAUGACCCCUUUAGUCAUGUUUUCCACGAUCAUCAUUCUGUCUCACCCCGCCAACAAAACUCCCAACCCGACCAUCAAGGCCAGUCGCACGACAAUUCGACCCUAGACACUACGGACUUUUUCUUCGACCUUGACCUCGACCUCGACAAUUAUGAUGCUGACUUUCACUCCCAGGAAGGCCGUGAUUCGACCGCUACAGCAGCGACAGCAGCCGACCACACCGCCGCCGCCGGCAUGGACAUCGACUGGGCGAACGAGCUUCUCCGCUGGGUUGACCCGGACCAAAGUCAGAGCCGUGAGCUGACGUCCGAUGACCACGAUCGCAACGACCUCUUCCGGAUCUUUGACCCCGAAAGCAGUAGUGGCAACGUGCAGCAGCACGAAAUGACGGCCACUGGGUUCACCCCUGGGAAUAUUACGGGUGAUCUGGACCGGGAUUUAGGGUUGACUGAAGAAGAGGAUGGGAUGUUUUGA